AUGGCUUCCUUCCCCGCCGAGCCCGCGGCGCAGGCCGGGCCGAGCGGGGCCGAGGGCGCCGGGGCCGGGGCCGGGGCCGGGGCCGCGGCCGCCCCGCGCUCCCCCGCGCCCCCGCCGCCGCCGCCGCCGCCCGCGCCGCGCUUCUCCCCCGAGCAGGUGUCGUGCGUGUGCGAGGCGCUGCUGCAGGCCGGGGACCCGGCGCGGCUCGGCCGCUUCGUGGGCUCGCUGCCGGCCGGCGAGGCGGCGCGGGCGGAGCGCGGCGGCGCGGGGGACAGCCUGGCCAAGGCGCGGGCGCUGCUGGCCUUCGAGCGCGGGGACUUCGCGGAGCUGUACCGCCUGGUGCGCUCGCGGCCCUUCGGCGCCCCGCACCACGCCUUCCUGCAGGACCUCUACCUGCGCGCCCGCUACCGCGAGGCCGAGGCGGCGCGGGGCCGGGCGCUGGGCGCCGUGGACAAGUACCGCCUGCGCAAGAAGUUCCCGCUGCCGCGCACCAUCUGGGACGGCGAGGAGACCGUGUACUGCUUCAAGCGCCGGUCCCGCGCCGCGCUGCGCGCCUCCUACGGCCGCAACCGCUACCCCAGCCCCGAGCAGAAGCGGCGCCUGGCGCGGGACACGGGGCUCUCGCUCACGCAGGUCAGCAACUGGUUCAAGAACCGGCGCCAGCGCGACCGCAGCGGCGCCGCCGGCAAGAGCGAGUCGGAUGGGAACCCCAGCACGGAGGACGAGUCAAGCCGGGGCCCCGAGGACGGCGAGGCGGGCGGGGGGGUGGCGGAGGGGGCGCCGGCCGCGGCGGGGGGGCUGUUUCUGCCGGCGGGCGCGGGCGCUUCGCCCAUCCUGCUCAACGGGAACUUCCUGACGGGCGGCUCCCCCGCUGUGCUCCUCAAUGGGGCACCGGCUGGGCCCGUGCUCCUCAACGGGCUGGCGCUGGGCGAGAGCCAGGCCCUGACGCUCAGCCCCGUGGCCCCCAGCCCCCCCGUGCUGCUCAACGGUGCCGCCCUGGUGAGCGGCGGCCCCCGGCACCCAUCCCCGCCGCCCGCCGCCCUGGCACCCCCCAAGGCCAAGGGGGAGCAGCUGCCAGCCGUCGGUGCCGAGGCCAAGGCAGAGGAGGCGCCGGGCCUGGCCGAGGCGCCCGAGGCCAAGGGGGUGCCCCAGGUGGUGCCCUCUGGGGACGAGGCCCCGUGCCCCCCGGCCCAGCCCGGCCCCCAGCUGGUGCCGCUGUCCCAGGCGCUGCCCAGCCCUGCGCUGGCCGUGGCCUCGCCACCGCCCGCCCCCCAGGUGCUGUCGCUCUCGGCCCCGGCGCCGGCCGUGGUGCACCUGCCCCUGUCCCAGGUGUCGCCGUCCCAGAUGGUGCCGCUGUCGCCUGCCCCCGUGUGCCCGGGGCCCGCGGCUGCCCCCCAACUGGUCUCGCUGCCCCCCCUGGCGCAGGGCUCCCAGCUGCUCUCGCUGCCCCAGGUGGUGCCCACGUCGCAGGUGGUGACGCUGCAGCAGGGCGUGGGGCCCAUCCAGAUCCUGGCCAGUGCUGCCCCACUCAAGGUGGGGGCCCCGGCGGCACCCGGCGGGCAGGGCAGCGUCCAGCUCAUCAACGCCAACGUGAGCGUCACCACCCUGCAGCUGCCCUCCGCCAGCCCAGGGAACUUCCUGCUGACGAACCCGGUGCCUGGGGGCAGCACCAUCCUCACGGGCGUGACGCUGCAGCAGGGCAAGCUCAUCCUCACCGCCACCUUCCCGGCCGGCAUGUUGGUGUCCCCGGUGCUCCCUGCGCCUGCCCCCGGCCUGGCCGUGCCCGUCAAGCAGGAGGCGUUGCCCGCGGACGGCGGCGUGGCACUGCCGGCGGCUGCCCCCACCCCUGCCCACGGGCUGCAGGGCUCCAGCAUGGCUGCAGCGCCCGAGGCGGAGAGCGCGGCGGGGCCCCCGGCCGACCUGGCGUUCGGGGCGGAGCAGCCGGGCCUGCUCUCCAGCUUCACCCAGGAGGGCAUGGUGGUGUGGCCCGGCGCGGCGGGCAUGGAGCCGGGUGCCGAGGGGCUGUUCGAGCUGGAAAAGGGGGCGGUGGAGGUGCUGGAUGGGGGCCAGGGCGGCCUGUUGCGCCUGCCGGAGGGCGAGGGGCUGCUGCUGGGCAGCGCAGGCACCGACCCCCUUGACCCCGAGGCCCUGGACUCGGGCGAGAAGGUGCUGACGCAGCUCCAGGCUGUGCCUGUGGAGGAGCCCCUGGACUUGUGAGGGCUCCGGGGAGGGGCCCAGACCCCACGUGCCUUGGGCAGGGCUGGGGAGACCCGGCCCCUGCCCCCAACACUACACAGCCCCUCUCGGCCCCGGGGCAGGACGGAGCAUCGGGGCGGCCCGCCUGCAAACACUACGGAGCUGGGGGCAGCAGCGCCCUAUUGCCCCCGGUUGUUACCCGGGCCGAAGACGCCCCAAACCCCUUGCCUUAAAACACUAAGUGUCUUGCCCACCCCCGAGCAGGGGGCCGGGCUGGCGGCUGCACGGGGCGCGGGUCUUGGUGCUAGGGGAGCAGGUCUCUGGGGCUGCGGCCUGCCAGGCCCCUGCUCCCCAUCUAUUGGACCCUGCCUGCCCCUGGGCCGGUGCAACCGUGGGCAGGGGAACGUACAGCGCCGUGCACCUGCCCAGCCUGCGCCCCUGCACCGGGAGCAGGGCCCUUUUCCCCAGCCCCUGGCUGGGGCGGGGGUCACUGCUCCCCUUCCCCGUGGCCUUCGCUUCUGGUCACCAGCAGCUCCAGGCCCCGCGGGGCCGUGUCUUCCGCCCGCUCGCUCGUGCCGGACGGCCUGUGCAGCCGCUGUCGGGAUGGCCGAGCCCGAGACUUUCCACGGAUCAACCCCCCCCGGAAACGGGACCUUUUUUGUAUGAAAAUUGUAUUUAACUAUUUUUUUAACUUCCACUACAAGGGGCAGCCGCGGGGCCCGGGCAGGCAGAGACUUAGCGGGGCUGCCCCACGACACCGGCUGGCGCCCGAUCCCGACAGCCUGGGAUCCCGCCGCGAGGGACCCGCACUCCCUGGGGCCACGGGCUGAGCCCCUGUUGGGACCGACCGGCUGCCGUCGCUCUCCUCUCGGCUGCGGCCUGUGCCCAGGGCCGUCGUCCCACGUGCCUGUGGCGUCGUCCACGUGCUGCCCGCAGCGCUCGCCCUGGCCCGAGGAGCAGCCGCCGGCCCCGGAAACGCGCUCGCGGCCCAGCACUGGCGCGGCCCCGCCGGACACUUGCGGUCCCGGCCGCCCGGCCUGCUCUCCAGGUACUCGUGCAUUUCACGGUCAUUUUUUCACCAUUGUGUGUCGAGAACAAUCAUUCCUACCCGAUGGUUUUCGUUCUUUUUUUUUAAUUUUCAUUUUUUUUACAAGGUUUUUCCGUUGGUCGUGUCCCCGUGUUGUUGUUUUUGUUUUAUUUUAACCUCGCCUGUGUCUGUCCAUCCCGGUACUGUACGAAGUCUAUAUAUCCAUAAAUAUAUCUAUAUUCUAUAUAAA